UCAAUUGCAUCACAGGCGAGGGAGAUCCUGAUGAAAUCUUUGAUCGAGAAUGAGGCCUUGAAAAUACCCAGGGCGGUGAAAAAGCUCGCCUCAUCUGUCUCCUUCACGCCGGAAGUUGAGCCCUUCUUGCCGACUUCAUUGAAAAUGUCUGAAUCCGCAUCCGCUUUGUGGGCGACCAUCGGCCUGUUUGCGAACGCCAUGUGCGAGGAGCGGUACAACACUGCGACGCCGAAGAAAAUUGUCGUUGACGCAUACUCCGCCACUCUGAUGCUGGCUUCGGUCUUCCUAUUCGAGGUUGAUGGGAAACACUUUAUCGAGAGCAAAGUCGUCCCAAGAGCCAUACAUCUCGACAAGGGCAGCAUGCGGGAGACAUACAGAACACACCUGUCGAACAUCUACAAGGCCGCGGACGGGAAGUUCUACCACUUGCACGGAAGCCUCAACGCCGACCCAACGCUGACCAUGCUCGGCCUGCCACUCCAUCGUCCUGAUCUUCAGGGCAACAUCGAGGGCACUAAAGACGUUUACAGAGCUGCCGUAGCCGCAAGGGACAGUCUGUCGCUCGAGAUUGAAGCGAAUGACCGAUGGCGCCAACCAGGCGUGACAUGUCUCACCGCCGAUGAGUUCGCCGAAACACCCCAUGGGAAAGUAAAUAUACAAGACCCUCUUUACAAGAUCUCAACCGCCAACGAACACCUUCCGCCAGUUGCAUGGCCCAAGGUCAAGACGACCGAUCGUCCGUUGGCAGGCAUCAAAGUCCUCGACCUGACGAAAGUCAUCGCCGGUCCGACGAUCACCCGAGUCCUCGCGCUCAUGGGUGCGGAAGUCCUGCGUGUAUCCGCAGAAGCUCAACCAGAAGCAUUGAUCUUCAUCUCAGACGGCCAGAUCGGCAAGCGCGACACCGACAUCAACAUCAAGACCGCCGAAGGAAGGUCUCAGCUCAACAAGCUGCUCGAAGAAGCCGAUGUUGUGGUGUGCAGCUACAGACCUGGGACGUUUGAGAAGUUUGGGCUGGGAAGGAACUGGGCUCAUGAGGUUGCUAGAAGGCGUGGCAAGGGGCUUGUGUAUUGCAGGGAGAACUGCUAUGGCUGGAAUGGGGAGUGGAGUCAUCGGGCUGGGUAUCAGCAGAUCAGUGAUUGCGUCACAGGGGCAUCGUGGGAGCAGGGCAAGUUCUUAGGCCUCGACGAGCCAGUCAUGCCACUUCUCCCCAACUCAGACUCACAAACCGGCUUAACAGGCGCCAUCUCCAUCAUGCACGCCCUCCUCCUCCGCUCCUCAACCGGCGGCUCCUACAACAUCGACAUCUCCCUCAACCAAUUCAACAACUGGUUCCUGCGCAACGUCGGCCUACACACCCCCUCCGUGCAAGCCUCCCUCCACGCCCUCCACCCCGACUUCAAACUCCGCCAC